AGACCCGCGAAAAUUUAAAACUUAGGCUCUUGUUUUGUUUACCAACAAAAAUAAAGUUGAAAAUUGUGCGACUAUUUCACAUAAAUUAUGUAUAAACAAGAAAUUUCAAGACGACGUGGAAAAACGUGAAAACCCAGAGCCUGGUAAACGUAAUUUCGAUAAUUGGAAAAAAUUCAAGAGAGUUCACAUCAGUUUACAGUGACAUAAGAAUAUAAAAAACUUUCCCUGGCUAGAACGCUUCAGCAUCAUGGUAGUUUGCAAAUAUUUUUUGCAAGGACGUUGUCUCUAUGGAGCCCAGUGUCGGAAUGAACACACCACCUAUGACAGCAGACCACCACCACCUAAUGUGUUUGGGACCCCUCAAAAGUCGGUUUCGUUUGGAGCUUCUGGGGCUGGUGGAAAUACAACUCCAAUCAACUAUGCUACAAUGAAACGAGCCCUUGAUGAGGAAAUCAGAUUGACACAAGGUGGAAAGCAGUGGCCUUUUUCCUGCAUUUGCCCUCUGAAAGAUGGUGGAAAUAUUCCUAUACUAGAGGACAUUUCCCCAGAAGAGCUGAGAUUUGAAGCAUAUCAAGCCCAGUCUCAAAACAACUUUGAUGCCUAUAAAAAUAGAUUUGAACAAUUGAAAAAAGAGUCAGACGAGAAGCAUGCUGCUAUUUUGAGCUUGGACGUAAAAAGCCUGGAAAACCUUUGCUCGAGUGGAAAUUUUUCUGGGGCCACCAGCAGCAGUUCAGUUUUCGGAAGUCGGCAGAACUCAAAUCCAUUCCAGUCAAGCAACAGCACUUUCGGCUCCAAUACAUCAUCUCCUAAGCCUUUUGGGCAGACCAGUUUGUUCGGCCAGACUGCAACUACACCCCAGAGUAGUUUAUUUGGCAGCGCAGCCCCUGCUACACCAACAGGUGGGCUCUUCGCUUCAGCAGCAGCUGCGACUCAGCCCGUGUUUGGAGAAGCAGCGCCUGCUUUGGCCCAAAAGACCUCCUUCGGCCAGUCGAACCUCUUCGGACAACAGACGACAUCUGCCUUUACACAAAGCGCAGGUAAUGUGUUUGGCCAGAGUAGCCAAACUCAAGCUCCAGCUCAAAACUUGUUCGGGCAAGCACCGCAGAGUGUCUUCGGACAGGCUUCUCAGAGCCAGCCUAGCAACUUGUUCGGACAGUCGUCUACUUUUGGCCAGCAAACGAGUGCUGCCCAGGCAAACUUAUUCGGACAAGCAGCUCAGCCAUCCAGUGGCAACCUGUUCGGCCAACCUCCUGCUUUUGGGCAGACUCCAGGCACCCCUCAACCCUCUGCUGUCACACAGCCUCCGUUUGGUCAGCCCCUGAGUAAUGCAGCCUCUGGUUUAUUCAGCCAAUCUGCGAGUUCCACUACAAAUGCUGGCAGCAUCUUUGGGCAGAAAUCACUUUUCGGACAGCAGACGUCCCAACCUGGAAAUAUCUUUGGUCAGGCCAGCUCAACCCCUGCGGGUGGAUUAUUUGCCCAAGCUGUUCAAAGUCCUGCUUCUAAUACGAGUACAAAUCUUUUUGCCCAACCUACAACUCCGAACACCAAUUUGUUUGGACAAGCUGCUACUCCAACAACCCAGUCAUCCACAACAGGAAAUUUAUUCGGCCAGGCUGGUCAAACAAUCCAACCGGCUGGGAAUUUAUUCGGCCAGAGCGGAAACAGUUUAUUUGGCCAGACGACCCAGCAGGCGUCGAGCACACCAUUUGCUGCUCCUGCUUACGGACAGCAGUCGAAUUUGUUCGGUCAGCAGACUUUGACCCCAGCAGUUGGCUCCAUUUUUGGACAGACCCCAUCAACACCACAACCUACACCACCCUCAGGACUAUUUGCCGCUGCAGCUGUGACGGCCCAACCACCAUCGUUUGCGCAAAUAACACCGACCAGCAGUGCUGUCAGCCCUUCUCCUUUCUCAGGCGUUCCAGCUUUUGGUCAACAGCCAACAGCGUCUAUCUUUGCUUCUGCCACUUCUACUUCAUCACCAUUUGCCAAAACUCAAGAACCGGCCAGUGUCUUUGCACAAACUGACGCAGUCAAUUUGAAUCCAUUCACCCAGGCUCCUGCUGGAAAUCAUUAUUCCAAACUGGAGGAUCUAGAAAAUUUCAUUAUCGAGGCCUUCACGUCUGAUUCUUUCAAGCUGGGCAGCAUUCCAGUGGUGCCUCCGCCAAGUGAGCUUUGCUUCUAAUGCUGUUUUAAUUUUUUAAGUUAAGUCUCAAAUUGAUCAGUUUUGUAGUAAUGAUUUGAGUUGUAAAUAAAAGCAGAGCUGCCAGAGCUUAAAAUUUUUAUA